UUAUAACGCAGCAAUAUGUUGAAAUUCGUGGUACUUCUUUCCCUGGCCGCUUGUGCCUUGGCCGGCACCGUGCCGGAGGGCCUCCUGCCCCAGUUGGAUGGCCGCAUUGUUGGUGGCUACGAGACCAGCAUCGAUGAUCAUCCCUAUCAGGUGUCGCUGCAGCGCAAUGGAGCUCAUUUCUGCGGUGGUUCCAUCUACUCUGGUGAUAUUGUGGUCACCGCCGCCCACUGCCUGCAGUCGAUCACUGCUGAAGAGCUGAAGGUGCGUGUAGGUACCACCUACUGGCGUUCCGGUGGCAGCGUGCACUCGGUGCGUUCUUUCAGAAAUCAUGAGGGCUACAACUCCAAAACCAUGAUCAACGAUGUUGCCGUUAUUCGCAUGUCUUCUUCGGUCAGCUUCCGCUCAAACGUUCGUGCUAUUGGUCUUGCUGAAUCUAACCCUCGCAAUGGCGCUGAGGCUGUUGUCUCUGGCUGGGGCACCACCGAGUCCGGUAGCUCUACCAUUCCCGAUCAUCUGCUGGCUGUGAACCUGAGGAUCGUUGAUCGUGAGGAGUGCGCCUCCAAGGAGUUCAGCUAUGGUAGCAAGAUCAAGGACACAAUGAUCUGUGCCUAUGCCGAGCACAAGGAUGCCUGCCAGGGUGACUCCGGCGGCCCAUUGGUCUCUGGCGGUCGUCUUGUCGGCGUUGUGUCUUGGGGCUAUGGCUGCGCUGAUGUCAAAUACCCCGGUGUCUAUGCUGAUGUCGCCCACUUCCGUAGCUGGAUCGAGAAGACCGCCGACGAGCUCUAAGCUCAAACCCUUGACAAUUCCUCAAUAAACUGCGUACAUUCAA